AUGCUUCUUAGUGGCGAGCCUGGAACAGGCAAGACCCUUACAGCGGAGUCAGUUGCAGAGGAUAUGCGUAGCCCACUGUACUCAAUAGGCGCAGGCGAGCUAGGCGAGUCAGCCGACGAAGUGGAGCGCAGUUUGCGCCGCGUACUCGAAAUAUCCACCAAAUGGGGAGCCGUCCUACUCCUAGAUGAUUGCGACGUCUUCCUUGAGCAGCGUUCCAGCAAGUCCAUCCAGCGCAAUAAGCUUGUAUCCGUCUUCUUGCGCCUGCUAGAAUAUUACCAAGGCGUCAUGUUCCUAACCACUAAUCGUGUCGACGCAUUUGACCCAGCAUUCGAAUCCCGUAUCCAUCUGACUAUUCAGUUUCCGAAGCUUGAUUUCGAUUCGAGACUGCAUGUUUGGAGAACAUUUGUGCGACCGAAAAGCAUAGAGUCGAAGUAUGCGAGCAACGUUCGGGACGAAGAUUUGCAGCAGCUCGCAAACAAGGAUCUCAAUGGGCGACAAAUCAAAAACAUCGUCAAAACAGCCAGACUCUUAGCCGCGAGCGAGAAGACAUCGCUUGAGAUGGAUCACAUCGAGGCUGUCAUGAGUGUCAAAUAG